CCUACGGUCUACAACUCUCGAGACCAACUUGAUGGCUACCACUACAGCGGUUAAGACGUCGUACGUUUAACGUCAGAAUCAUGUUGACGCUUCCAAAACAUGUUUCCAGGACCAUCCAUCGUAACGAUUCUUACGUCCAAGUGUUGAAAGAACUGAGGCAGCGGGCACAAACUGUGCUCACAAAGAACUGUUUUUCACUGCAACCAUUUUUGUUGUUUUGUUCACCUCGCCACGAAUGCAAACAUCAGGAUUGCGGGGGUGUCAACAUGACUCUGUCACAAUCUAGACUUCGCCACAAGCAGUUGGUGACUCCAUCUGGAGCUGGAUGUGAUCGCAACAAGGCUCCGAAGACGGUUCUGCAGCUUGCCGCGACCAAUUCUAGCGGCUUGAAUUUGUGUGGGAGUUUGUGACAUUGUAACGUCGAGGCUCUGCGACUGCUGCGGCGACGCCCUCCUUCGGCACCUUCACCACGGAAGGACGACGACGACGACGAUGCAAGCUUGCAAACCCUAAUUCACUGCUUCAUUGGCUAAAACAAGUGUUUGAUAUGAAUCGUCUACCUUGGUUUUUGGGUUAACUUAUUAUUUUAAAAAAAUUCAGUGAAAAUUUUCGCCUUAUGUCACCACAAUGUUUUGACUUGAUUUCUUAUAAUAAGAUUUUGAAAGACAAGAAUUUGUUUACACAAUACAAUUAUUUAGUUCAAGACAUUCAAAGUGUACAAAAUUAUCAAUGAUGUAAAUAACAUUA